CCGGGGGCGGGGCGCGGCCAGGGAGGCGAACCCUAACGCCCGGUGGUUGGGGGCGAGGCGCGUAUGAUGGUGGGAAAGAGAAAGCAGGGGUUCACGAGGACAUUAGCUAGACUUAUGACCCUCGGGAGUGCUGACGCCUUUCUGUGACUCCAGCAUUCCGCUCUCAUGCCUGGCAGGAUAGCGAACUCGACGCCAGCCUGGAUUACCUAGGGAGACCCUGUCUCAAACGAAUGAAUGAGUGAUGGAGAGAUGUGAUUCCCUAGGGAAGUAGGCCCUGUAGCGGGAAGCGUGGCAUUCUCAUGUUGAGCCUGAGGAGGUGGAACCAGUGUUUCAGGGCUGGUGCUUUGAGACUUCUUCUGUGUCUUCUCAGGGUACUUGUCAGUGAAAUAGUAAAUGUACCGAAUGGAACAAUUUAACCAAAAUAGAAAGCAUUCCCUUCAGCCAGGGAUGUUGCUCAGUGGUAGGGUGCUUGCUUGGCCCAAGUGUGUGAAAUCUUAGAUUGCAGCUCCACUACAUAAACCCAUGAGACAUGGGGGUGCACACCUGUAAUCCCUGCAUUUGGGAGGUGGAGGCAGAAGGACCAGAAGUUCAAAGCUGUUUACAGAAAUCUUGCCAGAAGCCAGUAGAUAAAUACAUUGAGUAUGAUCCUGUUAUUAUCUUGAUUAAUGCCAUUUUGUGCAAAGCUCAGGCCUAUAGACAUAUUCUUUUCAACACUAAAAUAAACAUCCAUGGGAAACUCUGCAUGUUUUGUUUGCUUUGUGAAGCAUACCUGAGGUGGUGGCAGCUGCAAGACUCAAGCCAGAGCACAGCCCCUGAUGACCUGAUUCGCUAUGCCAAGGAGUGGGAUUUCUACAGGAUGUUUGUGAUUGCUUCUUUCGAACAGGCUGCCUUUUUUGCUGGCAUUUUUGCUUUCCUGUGGGUCGAGCAACCCAUGACAGCAAAAAAAAAGCCCAACUUCAUUCUACUACUGAAAGCACUGCUGUUGUCCAGCUAUGGGAAGCUCCUGCUCAUCCCGGCCGUCAUCUGGGAACAUGACUACACACCCUUGUGCCUCAAGCUCAUCAAAGUGUUUGUCCUGACAUCGAAUUUCCAGGCCAUCAGAGUGACUCUGAACACCAACCGCAGGCUGUCCCUGCUGGCCGUGCUGAGUGGCUUGUUGCUGGAGAGCGCCAUGGUCUGCUUCUUCCAGAGGAUGGAGUGGGAUGUGGGCAGCGACUGUGCAGUCUACAAGUCUCAGGACUUGUGAAGCUUUGCUCUUCACUCUGACGGGACAGCUACCUCAAAGGAGAAGGCACAAGAGAAACCAAGGUCGCUGCUUUCUGUGAGUGGAGUGAAGUCAAGACUGGGAAUUCCUGAACAAAUCCAGACACCCCAGGAAGAUCUGAGCCACCUAGACUCCAGGCUGAGAGCCCUGCAGUGACACACGGGCAGGCCCCGUGGUUCCCAGUAAGGAACGGUCGCAGCUUCAUUCCUUUGACCUGUUUCCUUUAAAUCUAAGUAUUACAUUGAUGUCUUAAAAAUCAUAUUUUGUGUUUUUCUCAUGGAAGCACUUUUCUCUUACAUAGUCUUUCAGAAUAAAUGACUUUUUUAUACA